CAGCCGUCAAAAUGAAAUACAAACAAGCUUUGAUUCGGAAAAGCGCAUGUAAAAUUAAAAAAAUAACUUUGUCACCUAGUAAGCGGAUUUCUAUUGGAAGUCGCGAAAGGAAGUUUAUCGAGAAAUAAAUCCUGUGCGAUGGCUGCAUCUCCAGGAAAUAUGUACCAAAAACAGGCGUUAAAAAAGCGACAAACUGCGUACCUACAACCUUCUUCAGGAUCUUUGUCUAGAAACGAUAAACAAAAAGCAGAGAAAGACAUUCCUUUACAUGUUCAACCUCCUUCGAGCCCGACGCUCAAUCGUUCGCCGAACAACAUGAGAAAGUUUAGUCAAAUAUCUUUACGUUCAGACUCUUCGGGUGACCAACACACAGAUGCCAAUGGUAAUGCCGCAGCAAUUACUGCCACUCCUAAUAAACACGCCCGUUUUAAACACCACCAGGUAAGAUACGGAAUUUACAGACCGCCCUAAACGAUUAUCAGACUUUUGCGAGGUAAGUUUAUUGAAGAUUGUGACAUGGUGUCUUUUGAAAGAGCGAGGCAUUAUUGACUUUAGUAUUAGCAUGGGCAAUCAGAGGUUUCAUGCCGGUAUUCCAUCGAAUGACAUGCACAUAUUUUCUGUUGAGAGUUGAUGAAGAAAAUUAUCGAGUGGUGGUAUUAAACUAAAAGUGAGGCUCAGUUGAGCAUUUUAGAUAACGUUUUUUUUUUAUGAGAUAGAGGUCAUUUAAAAAAAAACUUCCAGUUCCAGAGCUUUAUAGCGGGUCACGUAUAGUCUAAAAUAAGUAAUUUAAGAUUUCAUGUUCCUUUCUGCGAACUACCCUAAAUAAACAAGUUUUGCUAGAAUAAAGUCAAUUAUAAAGCUUAACGCUCUAUGAAUUUAAAGCCCGGCUUAGGGAAAGCAUUUUGCUUUAUCUAAGGGCGAUAUUGUUACAUCGUAAGGGUGUGUAUUUGAACGGACUUUUAGUCUCUCAAAUCUACAAGUACGAUGCUGAACAAUUACUUUGCAUCCUACAGAAAGCUGGUAACAUUAAUCUAGUUUUUAUGUUAUCCAUAUAAACCUUAGAAACUGAAAUCGUAAAUAUGCCGUGUUGUCGGACUUUCAGAUGUAACAAUUCUGCAAUGACGGGAUGAACUUCCUUUGUUUGCCAUUACGUUCCGCUAGCUUGAUAGCGACAUGUAAUUCCACUGAAGUGCAUGCAACAAGUUUACUGUAUGGCUCUUAACGAUAUUUUCAACUUUCACAAAGUGAGACAGCUUUAACUUAUUUAAACUCCUUAAUAACGAGUCGCUUUACGGAGCAAUUACUGUCCUACUCAUGAGUUCGAGUCAAUAACCUGAAUGAAAAGGCGUCAAAGGCGUCUGGGCAAAGCGAGGGGAGUGUGAGCUCAUACUGGGUCACUGAUCAAAAUUUCCUCUUUUUGCUCUUUUGCUUUUCCUCUUUUUUCAUCCUCAUCUCAUCCCUUCUCUGCCGCUGUAGACGAACGAUCAUUCGACGCAGCUAUGCCCCAGUUAUUUCCAAUAAAGCUUUAUUAAGAAUUAAUUACCAAAACACAUAGCAGGUUGGAAGUCGUUAUGUAAAGCUUCUUUGUUUGUUUUCACCUUCACAGAAAGCCGGCAAGGGAAACAAGCUGCAAAAAUUACAUCUUGCUGCUUUAUCAGGAAAUGAAGGAGAGGUUCAAAAAUUGCUUGGCAAAGGAGUUGGUAAGUAAAGUCCAAACGCUGUGAAGUGCAUUUAGUGUUCGAAGUUAAAGCGUUUCUUUAUUGUUGUUGUUUUGCUUUGGCCAGUCCUUCGACAGUCUUGAAGUAUCUGGCUGAGAUAUCGCACGAAACUCUCUCUCAAAUGUUUCGUAUAGCUUCUGAGGGUCUGAAUGGGGGGUCCACUUGUCGGUUGUCGGUUAAAAUUCAGUAAUUUUGUCGGUAGUCGGUUAAAAUUCUCGAUCUUUGUCGGUAGUCGGUUAAACUUUUCGAUUUUCGUCGGUUGUCGGAAAAUCUCAGUUAAUAAGUAAAAACGCUUGUUAAUUAUUAAUAUGUUUAUGUAUUUCACCCACUUUUCAAGACUUUGAUCCCUAAGGAAAGAGUAAAACUUGCAAGAAUGCAUCAUUUGAUUGCGCCUAAACCGUUCAUUAACUCUUGUUUUUUUAUGCAACAUGAUCGUUUAUUUCAUCAUUGUUUGCCAUCAAAUGAAUGAUAGUACUGAUAAAAUUACCAAAGCUUUUAUCGUAAAUGCGAACUUGAUUUCCCUGUCGACUACAGGGCACAGUAAAAAGUAAUUAAUUAAUAAUUAAUGACUGUAGCGUUUUGGAUACUUGAAUUAAUUUUAGUGAAAAACUGCAAGGGGUGACAGGCUGCACAUCUAUCCCUCUUAUGUUUUGGUUCUAACAAGCAUGUCCUUUGCCAUAAUUUUCCUUUUUCAAAGAAAUAGCACUUUAGGUGGUUCUUUAAAAUUUUGGCAAGGUAGUGGUUGGUUUUGUGUGAGAUUCCACUUUUUCAUUAAAGCUUCUUUUUUAUAGACACUAAGGGCUAGUAUUGUGUCACGAAAGGCAAUAUUUCAGUCUUUUUUCUUCCUGGUUGUUUUGUUUCAGGAGCGCUGCCUUCCUUUCUGUGAGUUUUACUUCUACUAGCAAGUUUUCUUUCAAAAUUGUGUGGCUAGCCUCUGUCCAUCAAGCGCUUUUGAAAUCUGAAAUACUUCCUCAGAGGAGUUUGUUCGUAGGAUUCUCAAGGCUCCUCGUUUGUCAAACAGGCGCUUUAACAGUUGGUGGGUGAUAAGAGAUGAAAAUGUAUAUACUGUAAGGUUUCCGUUUCAAAUGCGUCCUUACGUCAAGGAUAGCUUUUUCUCAUUUUUUCGCUGAAUGUUGUACUUUGGUAUACAACCGUUUCUAAAAAGAAUGUCUCAUUUUCAGAUAUUUCGGCCGUGAAUUUCAUAGUAGGGCAUGUAAGUUUACUUGUUCCGCGAAGAAAGCUACGAUGUGUGGUUUACUUAUGUCCCAUAGGGAAAAAAUGUCAUCUAUGUAGCGUUUUCAAACAGUUGGUUUAAAGACGGUUUUGCUUAAACUUUGUGUUUCAAUAUGUGUCAUGAAAAUACUGGAAAGGAAACUGUUGUCUUUGUGCUCAUCGCGGUACCGUGGGUUUGUACUGAUAGUCCUUUACAUUAAACGGGAAAGAAUUUUCUUUGAAGAUUAAUCUAAGCAAGAAACGUUCGGUUUUUUCACCUUGACUUUUCAAUAAAUUUUAUAAAGUCGGUAGCAUCUUUAAGGUGUGACUUUGUGAUUUUGAUAUUGGCUGUAGCAAUGUACCUGUAUCAACAACCAAAAAAGGAAAUUCUUUCCCUUAGGCCAUCUGAUGACUCACAAAUUUAAAAAGGUUACUUCCUCGAGCUAACGGUUAGAAUAAAUACAAAAUGCUCUUUUUUCUGGAAACAAAUAUUGAUAAUAUCAGCGCAUGUCGGUAGUCGGUUAAUUUUUUUCCCGUCGGUAGUCGGUAAUUUUUUACUCAUUUUGUCGGUAGUCAGUAAUAUUUUUCGCCCUUUGUCGCUAGUCGGUUAACCCCAUUCAGACCCUCUUCUAUAAUAAUCAAUGAUUAUUAAAGAAAUUCAAAGCUGAAGGUAGCUUUAGUAUGCGAUAUCCAAACGCGCUAUCCCUCACGGCUGUGGAUUUUGCUUUCUCUUGAUGAAUUAAAUUUAUUUCUGAAAGAAAUGACAGCUUAUGGCUUAUGGCCAACAAUGCAUUCUGACUUCCGUGUCAUUGUACAUUCGGGACAUGUAAGUUCUCUAGCCAUGAAAGCAAGGCACAAGGCUUUUGCUCGUUGUAACAAGAAAUUUAGGGGGGAAAACAUUCCCUUUCCUGCCUUUAGCUCUAUUUUUUGUUUAGGGGAUGGCUGGUUUACCCUCACCUUUGUUCUUAAUGUUCUUGUGUAUUUCCUCAGCUUUUUAUUCCUUGAUUAAAAAAACGGCCUCGCGAGGCAAAAUUCAUUCGGUAAUAGAUUGGUCAUUAUUAGGUGUCCCAGUAAAAAGAGCUCACCUUAACUAAGGGCGCGAUCCAUUCAACCAAAAUUUCCAGAAAUUUUGGUCCAAAACUCAAUAGAUCGGUUCGGUCCAACCGGAAAAGUUUCGAAAAAACUGGUCCACCUUUUGAGGUGGUCCUCUUUUCGCGGUCGGACCGGUCUGAAUUUUGGUCGAAUGGAUCUCGCCCUAAGACUCCAUCAACAUCAGCGUGUUGUUCACAUUUCGCACCCUUCCUACCUCUGCCCUAACUAACAAGACUAGCCACAAUCUUUACCCUCGCAGAGUCGUGGCAAGCCUUUAGAAACUAGUGGGGCACAAAGAUUUUAGGUUGCUCAUAGUCAUUGUAUUUGAAAAGCAGAGGGUUUUGGCCCCGGACCCGUUGGACUGGUCUCUGUAUCUUAAAACCAGUAAAUGUUUCACCUAGCUGCACAGACAUCAUUGUGUGCUCUGGGAGAUGAAUUUUUAUUUUCAACUUUUAUGUGUAGUCUACAUGUUUUGACUUUUGAGGCAAAAAAACUGGAGGUGGGGUACACGGCCACCCUUCCCUCCCUCCCAGCUCCACCUCGUUACCAUCAUUAUCAUCAUAAGUGAUUCGCAAUUUUUAUCAUUCAUUCCUUCUUCAGAUGUUAACGCGAAAGAUACAUUCGGCAAGACACCGCUGCACAAUGCUAUUCUUGGCAAACACGUGACCAUUGUGGACCUACUGCUCAAAUCAGGAGCUGAUGUGAAGUGUUUGGACGAGCGCGGUGACACGCCACUGCACAAUGCCGUUAGAGUAAACAGUGAAGCCAUUGUGGUGGUGAGCUUUUAAACAACCUGGUUCUCAGGGCUUUCACUCCUUAUUACUGACAGAAAAGUCCUGGGAACCAGUUUGCUUUUUAUACUUCUUAAACACCCGGACGUUUUCUCUCAUUGUUAGUCUAUUGUACAAACAUCUUCGUAUAAUCCUCAGAAAACUUUGGAAAUCUUCUGGAAAUGAAUGGAAGCACCUGUGUUAUCUUCAUACUGUAUCUCCAAAACCUCUAUGUAAACAGUGGCUAGAAACGUGAAAAAGCCUGAAGGGACCCUUUCCAGCUAGUAAUUCACGAGGUACGACUGCGCCAUGCUGGAGAGCAGUACAAGAGACGCAAUGGGAGAAGACAAACAAAGGAAAUUACAAUUUUAAAUGAUAUGAGCUCUUUGCUUGUCCUUCUAUCAGUGCAUCCCUUACUCUUCAGCAUGGUGGUUUUGUACCACGUGACUGACUAGGUGGAAAUAACCUAUUGUUUAAGUUGAAAUGCCCUGCAAUUAGCAAUUUUGAGGUUGUGUUUGAUCGACUGGGUCAAUGUGGUGCCAAAUUGCCCUUUUAAACUGUUUAAGGAGACGAGCUUAGACCCAAAUUUAUCCUGCGCAACUUCACAAUAGCCAGUAAAGGAAGUGUUAGUAUCCCCACAACAGUCCCACAGUGCAUUUCGACACAACAGCGACCCAUUCCCACGCCCAAAAUCAAACUGGCCAAUAGUAUAUCCAGUAGAACGGAGACUGUGAAACGAUCAACAGAAAAUUCAAUGAAUGCGCCCUGUUGUCUGCGCUGCUUAGAGCUCACGGAUUUAUUCUAUUUAUUAUUUUCUCUUUGAACAGCUGCUUCUAAAUGACAGUAAAAGUAAUUCCAACGCGAAGGGAUUUGGCUCGUACACACCUCUACACAUUGCUGCCCAAAUUGACAGCGUGGAUAUUUGCAAGCAACUGGUAAGUAAAGAACAUACACUCCUCUCCCUUCAGAUGUACACCUUCUAAAAAAGCGGCACUCUUUUUUUAGCUUGGUGAGGACAAUUGUCCAGGUUCAAGUGUUUGUCACUUACGAUAAGCCAACAAGAAUUGUAUCCAGUAAACUGGACCUAUCACUGACUCAUUGAUGUCGUAGCUUUAACUUAUCGCAUGCGACAAAGUUGUACCGUCCUGUUACCUCUCAGAACACAACAGAGGCACUGGCGACGAACGAAAGUACCGAAAAUGGUGGAUCCUAGUAGGACGCUAUCUGCGUUUUAAAGCUGAAUUUUAGAUCACUUGUCCUUCUUAAAGGGAUACACCUUGAUCAAAUUUCUAUACUUGACUGCUCUUCUCAGGGGCCGGCCCCAGCACUACUCAGGCUGUCUACUGUAUUUCCUUAUAAGCUAAACCAUACAGUUGAACAAGCGGAGCUACUAUUAACAGUCCAAUUAGCCAGACUUUUUACAUCGUUUUCACAUGACGUCACGGUGGCCAUAUUAGGGUCCCGAAACAAUGUAAAGGGUUAGACCGUUUAGGUAAAAGGUACUAACAUUUAAGACGAACCUUUAAUGCAGAGUCUUUUCUUAGGUUGAGCACGAAGGCGAUAUCAGUCAGACAGCUGAAGAUAAGAUGACGCCAUUUGGUAUGGCAGUGUCCAAGGGAACACAAUCUGUUGCUGAGUACUUUGUCAGUAUUUGUAAGUGUCCUAAUCUCACGUGAUCAUGAUUUUCCCGCCAUUUUUAAUCCUUGCCGCCUCGUGUUAGACAAGUCUAACGCGGAAUUGGGCCUUGUGGUAAUCUAUGAGUGACUAGCAAAAUGUUGAUGCUACAACGCAUGCGUAACUAGCGUUUUUCAGUUUGAAGAGUGGAGGCCUCCCCAAUUAACUUUCAACUAUUUGAUAAUUUAUUAUCUUUGUUUCUUUCAGUGGACGAAAAGCAACUCGACAAAGACAAUCUCCUUUGUAAUGCUGAUAAUGAAGGAAGUACCUUGCUACAUCUAGCAGUGGACAGCGGAAUUCCACAGGUAAGUGCAUGCGCAGCUUUAGAGUACUGUGUCAUGGCUGCCUAGUUCAUUUUUCUAACAAUGCCAGUCUCGUGUCCUAAUUCGCUAUGGAUCUUGAGAAAUCGAAAUUACUUGUGAAUGACAAAAUAACAGCUUCGUGUCAAACAAAUAUGUCUCAUAAGCCUUAUAUCCAACGCCAUAAAGAACAAAAACGAACUUUGAGAAACUGUUAGCCUCGUGCCACAGCUCCUCAGGCACCUGAAACUAUGCUAUUUCUUUCAGUUGAUUUCAUCAGCCUAAACCGGCCGUCUGAAACAAAACACAGUUGUCUUCUUUCAACUGAGAAUUCGCAUGGUCUAACGUAUCGUCGAUGAAGUAAAACUGGAUCUUUUAUAAAUGUAAAACGUGUAUUAGUUGAGAAUUUUUUUUCCUCAGAUCGUGUCACUGUGCCUGCAAAUUGGAGCAAAUGUGCGUCAAACGAAGGUAGUGGCCAAUUACAUCAACACUAUCUUAUCAGUUUAGCUUUUCCUCAUCUCAGGAAUUCGACUGUAAGAACUGAGAGCUCUGUAAUGUGACUUAUAUUGUCGCGGCGCUACUGUGAUCCCUUCCACGAAGAGAAGAAUAUUUAAACAAAAUUGGAAGUGCGUCCCUCACAAACGUCUUUGCUUAAGCUCGCUAAAACAGAGCUGUUUCAACACAAAAAUAUAUCCACUUUUGUAGGAGGCGGACAACAGUAUAGCGUUUCAUCUGGCAUGCACACAAGGCUCACUGGAGAUAGUUCAGCUGCUGGUUGGAGCAGACCGUGGUGUGUGUAAAGAAGAGAUACUAGAUGAGCAAGGAAUGGUACCCCUUCAUCGGGCAGCGCUGAACAAUCACGCGACUGUUGUCAGCUACUUAGUAGAUCAGGUAUGACGUGUAUUUUGUCUCUAUAUGACCGACGGACUGCAAACCAGCCCGUAUUUUGGCGUUGGUCAAAAACGCGCAAGCAGUAAAUCAAAAGGUCGAGGGUGAAAAGGAAUGAGUUACAAUAAAGAAUAAUCCCGAGCAUUUGUUAAAAAUGUGGUACCAUCCGUGGCAUAAAAUUCACAGCUACAAGGUGAAGCGUAUGAGGUCCACUGGCUACCAUUCUUUCUUGCUAUCAUUUAUAUAACGUAAAGUCGACCUAAGUGACUGUAAGACCAGCUACAGUUGGAUGUGGAAAGGUCUUGAUCUACCACUCAACCUCCCCUCCUCCCCGUCCCCGCCAAUUUAACACAUCGUACAACAGACUACAAUUCUUUCUAUUAUUGUAUCGACCACCAGGUGGUCCGUACGAGUACGAAGUCCGACAGUACUAAAGUAGACGAGGGUAUGUAAGUGUAAGUUCCUUCUCUUUUCAGGGUGCUCCGGUGGAUCCUCGAGACAUUCAAGGUCGCACCCCCCUUUUCUUAGCUGCGUCAGCCGGUGGAACAGCUACUGUUCAAUUACUAAUGGACCGGGGGGCCGAUGUAACACUUAGAGAUGUGGAAUUGCGCUCACCCUUGCACGUAGCAAUUGCGGAUGGAAAUUCGUCCACCAUGGAAGCCUUACUCAAGGUAAUACGUUUGGUAAUUAAGCAAAAAAAUGGUUACUUACAUGGUUAACCUCCUCCCGGUUAGCUCAGUUGGAGAUUCGCGCUGUGAUUUCAGAUCUUCUGUCAGUUCAGAUGUUCGUGGCAUUGGGCGGUAACGUUAAGCUGUUGGCCUUAUCCUCGUCAUCCUUUCUUAUCAGUUGGAAAGUGAUGUAAAAGAAGCCACCCUGCUGUUAGAAAAGAGUAGGGAAUGUAGACCCCGGUAGUGUGGUCUAUCUCGCCUGAGGGUAGAGGACUGUUGCCGGUCCCGCAGUAAUUGGCUUUGAGGGUCCCUUUUAAAAUGGCGAAUCAAAAUAAAUGAUUCAACAAAUGAUUUAGCCGUUCGGCGGAACUGGACAAAGAUGUACCAUGUAACAAAAGUGCUGAUCGGUUUGACCGAGUUUGUGCCUAUCCUUGCCCCUUAAUCCUCAUGAGUAAACAGCAAUUUCAGCCAUAAGAGGCAAUUUACGCUCUUUGUUUUCAAAGCAUAUUUGUGCGGCCUCAUAAACAAGCCGCGGGCGGACCGGCGCUAUGCUAUUCCCGAGAACAUAGUUGGGAAAAACGUUUCCUAGAAUCGCUUGAUUCGCUCCUAGGAUCUGAAGAACUAGCGCUCAAACCAUCAUCAUUGAAUUUGUUUACAAUGACAUAUUUGCUUACCAGAUCAUUUACAGCUACAUUAUUUUUAUCUGUUAUCUUAACUUAUAGAGUCCUGCGGCGAAGGCGUUGGUGGUUGAUAAGGACAUUACUGGAUACACCCCAGUGCAUUACGCUGCACGGGCUGGUUACUUGCAGGUAAAUGUCCUUAUUAUCGAGGUAAGGUAUUUCUAAAUUCCAUUUCAUAUCACAAAAAGCAACGCUCUACUAGCAUCUCAGAGCUCUCGCAUCAAUAUCCUCACGAUCUAACUGACAGACGAUCAAUAACAUGGAGACUUAACUUGCCCAAACAGGUAACUAACUAGUCGAAAAUACAGCAAUUGACUAUACACAAUUUACUCUGGUGACUCUGACGUUGAAUUACUCGCAAACGUCAUUCACUGAAAAAGUCCUUUUCUGGACUACACACACGGACAAUCAUAUUCAGCCUAUUAACUUAACGGGGCUGUGUCACGGCAGUCCAGUUCAUUUUGUUUAAUUUUGCCAAUUACUCGCCCUCAAUCGCUAUGGAACUUAAAGUAAGCAAAGAAAUUACAUGUAAAUGUCAAGAUUAGAGAUCCGAGACAAACAAAUAUGACUCCUGAGCAUUAUUAUUGAAGUUGCAAGCAGCAAGGAUCAACUUUGCAAAACUGUUAGGCUGAACCGUUUUCAAAAACCCUAAUUUCAAUCUGUUCCAAUCUUCUUCAGUUUUGCCCAUCCAUGGGAUCUGUUGUUUCUGUUAUGCUAUUUUAACCUUCCUUUAAAGUUUUAAGCUGUUAUUUUUAUGUUUCUCUUAAUUUUACGGGCAUUUUGUAAUUUCCUAAUUUGGCUGAAUUUCGUGACACAGCUCCUUUAAUAAUUGUUGUUUCUGUAUCUGCAGCACAUCGCUCUCUUCAUCAACAAGAACAAGGCGGCUCGUCAAGUGACGUCAGACUCAUUGGAUACACCUCUUCAUAUCGUUGCUCGGUACGUUUUGCGGACCAACGAGAAAAUCUAGGCGGAUGGCUUAUUAUAGCAAAUCAAACGCUUCAUGACAACGUAUCAAUUUAUGUAAACGUUAAUUUCCGCCCCAUUAGUAAAGUGGAGAGUUAAUUAUCGCGACUUUAAUGUCUAUUAUUUUGGCCUCAACUUCUUGAUACACUUUUGAUAGUCUUGACCUUAUGAAAGAGGAGUACAGUGUUUUAUAUCCUGAAAUGGUCUAUGCAAACGCGCUCUUUUAAGGAAUUUGUUGUCGAACUUAAAUCAGUGUUUGCUUUUUUCAGGUAUGGUUGGCUGCAGAUUGCUGAAGUAUUACUGGAGAAGAGAAAUGUCCGAAUAAUCAAUUUACAAAAUAAUCAGGGAAAAACACCUCUUCAUUACGCUUGUCACGAAGGGCAUGAGCAUAUAACCAAGCUUCUGUUGAUGGAGGGCGCUACGCUUGAAAGGUAAUAUAAAGAUGACUACCUUGCAAAAUUUAGCUGCGCCAUGUUACCCGCAAAUGUUGACCGAUUCACUUUCAUAAAUUUGCAAAAAAGGAAGUUUUUCUUCAUGCACUAUAUAACAAACCACUUAAUGAGUGAUCUCGCGCGAAAUAAGUUUAAUUUAUUGUCCUCGAAACUCAGCAAUGCGGUGCUCGAGAAACAAACUAAACUCUCUCCCACUGACUAGUCGUUCUAUGGUGAAUAUGACAUGGUUUUUCGCGUGACAGUGGCCCUUCAUUAGUCCGGCUAUCUUGUUCUGAGUAUUAGCUUUAUAAUAAAAACCACGUAUUUUGACUGAUUUCCCUCGUCAAUUUAUUAUCAGAGAUCAUCAUGACCGCACACCACUUCACAUGGCUGCUGUCAAUGGCUCCGAGCGCUGUGUGGAGUACAUACUACAGGCUCACCCUGAGAGUCUCAACGCUCUUAAUAAACAUCAGGUGCAGUGUAACGAAACUGACUAUAGGUACUAUCAAUUGGUUGCAUCCGAAAAGCGUAUUCCUAAUGGAGUCUCUCGCAGCGCUUCUCUCUGUUUUCGACGUUUUUGAGCUGCUCCCCACUCCUCUCAGUUUUUUUUUCCCAGGGGCUCUCUCUCCGACGGGAACUGGUAUCUAUUUUGAACUUCUCUAGCUCAUAGUCAUGAUCAUGUAGUCAAAUCACUUCCCUACUCCCCCUGCCUGUCUGACGCACUUGCGGAUCAAUUAAGGUUUUCUGGGAAACUGCCCACCUUCCCCUCCCCUAAGCAAUCGUGAGGAGUAAUUCUUAAUGUUAGCUUAGGGGUGGGGGAGGUGGGCAGUUUCCCAGAAAACUAAAUUUAUCCGCACUUGCAAUAGCCCACGCUCGAUAUUUGAAAAUUCUAACAUGACUCCGAGGCUUUAGGGUGACUAGAAAAGAGUUUUUUUAAAAACAAAAGCAAUAAGCUAAAGGCAUGUUGUCAGGAUGGCCGAGCGGUCUAAGGCGCUGCGUUCAGGUCGCAGUCUACUAGCUCUUGUAGGCGUGGGUUCGAAUCCCACUUCUGACACGUUCACGUUUUUGAAACUCUAUCUUUUUGUUUUUGUUUUUGAUGUUGUGAUGGUGGUUGUUGUUGUUGUUUUAUUAAAAUCUGGUAAAAUUGUUCAAAGGAUAAAGGAAUCGAAAAAGACUUCUUUCGUCGUUACACAGGCAAAACCUUCAGCCGUUGAACUUUCGUUUCACGAGGACAUACGGUAUUCUGCUUAUCCUUGUCAUUGUAAAUAGAAUGUUUAGGCUGUCACUCGUAUGUCAGGAUGGCUGAGCAGUCUAAGGCGCUGCGUUCAAGUCGCAGUCUACUCUUGUAGGCGUGGGUUCGAAUCCCACUUCUGACAUUAUUUUAUAAAAAUGUUUGAAACUCUAUUUAUAUUUUUAUUUUUUUUUCUAUUCAGAACACGGCCCUGAACUUGGCUGCAACUACUGGCCAAGCAUCUCUCGUGUCAUAUCUGCUGUCCGUAAAAGAACAAGAAAUCCUGUUAAACAAGUAUAACCAGAAUGUGCUGGACCUUGCCAUAUCCAACGACAAAGAAGAGGUUGCGAUGGCCAUAAUUGAACAUAGCAGG